CGUCAGGGUACUUGUGUUGUUGAAGUUCGUGACAGACCAACAAGGCGACAAAAUGGCGAAGCGACGAUCAAAAGACACCUCUGAAGUUAGUCUGUGUAUUAAGUACCUCGUAUUUGGAUUCAAUGUGUUCUUUUGGUUGAUUGGAGCUGGAGUGGCAGCCAUAGGAAUAUGGGCAUGGUCAGAAAAGGAUAUGUUCAACAACAUCAGUAAACUGACUGGGAACUUCAUCCUUGAUCCUGCUCUUAUCUUCAUGAUUGUGGGUGGUGUCAUUUUCAUCAUUGGAUUUUUAGGCUGUGUUGGUGCCUUGAGGGAGAACAGAACUCUUCUACUCAUUUUCUGUGUUCUGUUAGGAAUCAUCUUCCUGGCAGAGGUAGUAGUCGGUGUACUGGGAUUUGUUUACAAGGACUGGCUGAAAGAACAAAUCACAGAACAGGUUAAGAAAUUCAUUAUUAACUACAGAGAGGACCCUGAUCUUCAGAACCUCAUUGACUGGGUACAAGAAUCAUGGUUGCUGUGUUGUGGCGCAUCAGGACCAAAUGAUUGGAAUUUAAAUCCAUACUUUAACUGUUCAUCACCAAGUGCAGAGGAAUGUGGGGUGCCAUUCUCUUGCUGCAAGGGGGCUGCAGGGGAGGUGAUAGUGAAUAAGCAGUGUGGCUUUGGUGUCAGGAAAAACGAGGCCACCAUGGGUGAGAAGAUCUACACAACAGGCUGUGUGGCAGCAGGAGAAACCUGGCUUAUGACCAACCUCAUUCCAGUAGCAGGUGUGGCUGUGGGGGUAGCACUACUGCAGAUUCUUGGAAUUUGCUUUGCACAGAACCUGAGAAACGACAUUGAAGCACAGAGAUCAAAGUGGGAGAGGACACGAUAACUAAAGUGUCUCAAAACUUCUUUAUCGCCCGUCCCGAUAAUAUCUGGCAGUGAAGGGGAGGGAUUGGUUUCUUUCCAUUUUAAUUCAGGUCUUUAUGGGAAAUUUUCCUCUGUAUAUUUUCUAUAUAAUCAUAUUGACAUUCAUGUUACAGUUCUGUAAAACUUUUCAAUUGUCUGAACUAUUUUGUCUCAAUAAUGGUCUCAUUUUGGGUGUUAUAUUAACUGAUGCUUUAGCUAUGCAUAUCUUGGAGACAUGAGGUAUAGAGUGAUAAUGUGUUCCUUUUGAAUGUAACGGAGUAAUAUCAUCUGAAUACAUAGUAAGACAUCACAUGAAAUGGGCCUGAGAAAGGGGGGUGUGCGCAAGUUGGUUAAUAAACAGUUUUAGAUUUUUUUAUUUAUUUAUUAUUUUUUUUAUUCAGAAUGUAAAUCAAAAAUCGCAUGUUCUUGUCACUCUUUUUGAUAGAAAUAUUGCAAUAAUCAAAAUCCAUAGCACAAUUUGAAUUUUACAUUUUAUUCAACUUGAAGUAUCAUAUCAGUCUGUUCUUGUAUGAGGUAUGACUUAAUUGAAGGACAGUUAGUACAGUAAACUAGGCUAAACCAAACCCAAAUUUCCUAGUUUUUAGCAAACUUGCAAGCAGGUAGUAUGUGAUGUAGUGCCACAGAUGAUUUUGGUAGGGCUGAUGCAAUUAUUCCAAUGUUCACCAGUUAAUAUUAACAAUAUUCUUGCUUGAUUGUUAAGAACAGCAUGAGUGUCUUUCACAUUAGUUGUUAUGUAAAAAACAAACUACCUUUAUCCAAAUAUGAAGAGGUGGUGUUGAGAGAUGCAGACCAGCUUAUUGCUUUUCAAGGUUGUAAUGGUUAACAUAAAACACAAGGAUCAUCCAAUUAUUUUUAUAAUUAUGUCAUUAUGUAAUCAUAAUUCAUUAUCAUACUAUCCUCCAGCACUGAGAUUAGAUUUCUCAUGUAAUUUGCUUCACUUUACACUGGCUAGUCCUUUCCAGUCAAAUACAACUUAAAUUACAUGUGUGAUUAUAUAUUAAUUUCACAAAACAAACUGUUGUUGUACAUUGCAUUUCCCUUUAGUCCUAACAAAUACUGCAGUGUAAUUAUACUUGAAUUUUAACUAUAUGUAUGCACAGUUUUUAUCAAUGUUAUAUGUGAUAUAGGUAUUAUAAAUAUAAACUUGCCUUUAACAAGUUACAACUUAUACUAAAACAUGUCUUGGACCAAGUGCCUCUUCAUGAAUUUGUUUUUGUUUGCUUUCAAUUAUCAAAGCUUUUUUGUAAAUUAUCAAGCAUGUUGUUUUUAGGCUAUUUAGUAUUUCAUAGCCACGGUCAAAUUGAACUUCUUUUCCCAUUUUGGCAGUAUGAUCAUUUGUCACCAGACACAGAAGUGCCCUUUGCAUUUUUGCCUUGGAGUGUGGUUUAAACAUUACUAUUUUGAAGUUGUAGCUGCCCAUACACAGAAAUAUUAACAUUCAUAAAAUAUACACUAGUAUUUCGUGUCUUAUUCUUGACAAUCAAAAUGUAUCAUGAUUAAGAGGUAUAUUGCUGGACUGUCCUGGCAUUUGUAUUGCAAAUGAAGGAGUUGGACAGUUUGCAUUGUUGGUUUUGUGAAGACAAAGGUACAGUGGUAUAUUGUAUUGUUCCAUAUUUUACAUCGUAGAAUAAAGAAUGGCACAUUUUAUAA